AUGGCACAGGCUGGUGCCAUGAGUCAGUGGACAUUGCCACUGCACAAGGCGAUUGUGGAGCAGAGCCGAGCGACGGCGGCGCUUGGUCGGCAGGCGGAGGAGCACAAUGCAGAGGUGCAGCAGGGAUUUGAGCAGAUGAACGCCAACCUCACUCAAGGGUUCCAGACGUUUGGAACCAUGCUUCAGGCCAGCCUUGCCGGUGGGUUCCAAGAGCUGGCCGGUGCACUACGCUCGGCUCAGCACCCGGCGGCGGUGGAAUUUCCCUCGCCGUCCGAGGCCGGUGUGGCGUCGGCCGCCAACAACUCGGAGGUGUAUGUCCCGUUUGGUGCCACCGCUACCGCUGACGCGGCUCUGCCUGUCCAAGAGGACGACGCGCCGACGUUUGACCCGGUCUCCCGGUUUGCUCAGUUGCUAGCGCAGGCCCGGCAAGCGGGUGUCGACGAGCAUUCUUUGGAGAUCCUCGAAUUGGCGCGCACACGCCUGGCGCUCUCCGUCGAAGAGCAAGCAGCGGAGGCAGCUUUCGACGCCGUUGCCGCUGCUCAACCGGGGAGCUCGAUCUCUCCGAACCCGCCGCUGUCCUCCAGCGUCCGGGACCAGGAGGGGGGAUCUCUGACGUCCUCCCCGAGUGACGAGCUCGUACGGGCACGAGCGGAGCUCGAGCGACUCCAUGCCGAGCUCAAUGCCGUUCGGGACAGUGACGACGCUGGCGCCGUGGCCGUGGAGGACGGGAAUGGCGACACGCACAGCGGGCAAGGACUGCAGGUGGCACCAGAAGAGUUCGUGGCGCUGAUGGGCUUGAGUCACGUGAUGAACUUGAAGGACGCGAUCUCGGCGAGGCUGCAAGCCGAGACUGCUACGGAGCUCGACAAGCAGCUGCUGGCUGCAGCGCUCUCGCGUCUUGAGGGCGAAGCUAUGUCGAAUGGCGCGGAGGCAGCCGUGGGCCUUCCUGUGGCAACUUCUUCGCCGCCAAGCCUUCCACCCGUCUCGCUCGCCUCUCCGCCGAUUGCGGGCGGGGGCCCAGACCUGCUCGGCAUUCCCGCAAGGCUGAACCGUCGCAAACCGAAACCGCUCCACUGCCGGUUCGCAAGCUGCCGGUUCUAUGAGCUUUCCGCCAUCGACUCCGUUGCUCGCUUCUCCACCGGCCGAGCCGCCGUCCGGACCUGGGGCCUUUACAAGCGGGACAAGCCUACCGGGCCGCCCGGCGACCCUUUGCCGGCUGAGGAGCAACCCGUUGCGACGCUCUCACUAGCCGACGCCGGGUUCGACACGGGUCGCGCAGCAGUCCCCGAGUCCACCCUGGGCGGCGAGACCACGUGCAUAGUAUGCUUCACUCGGCCGAAGGAUCACGUCGCCAUCCCUUGCGGGCAUCAGUGCGCGUGCGCCGAGUGCUCCGCCAAGAUGGAGCAGUGCCCCAUCUGCCGCCAGGCUGUGCUCGUGUGGAUGGAUUCGUCGCGCAUUCGUCUGGCAUGA